AUGAACUACGGGAUUCGGAAACAGCUUCAGGAGCGGUUGAGAACAAUUGAAAGCAAGUCUCUCACCGACGCAUGCGAAACUAAGAUGUCAUAUAUCGAGAGGCUCAGGACUCGGCCAAUGGCUAUUGCCACAGACACGGCUAAUAAGCAACACUAUGAAGUUGGAACUGGUGUCCUAGCUGCGUGCCUUGGACCGCGAAUGAAAUACUCAUGCUGCCUGUACCCACAAGGUGAUGAAACACUCGCGCAAGCCGAGACUGCAAUGCUGAGGUCGUACAUUGACAAGGCAGACUUGAGAGACGGCAUGGAUAUCCUUGAUCUUGGAUGUGGCUGGGGCUCAGGAGCAUUAUAUUUCGCCGAGAUGCUGCCAAAUUCGAAUAUUGUCGCAUUUUCAAAUUCCAGAACGCAGAAACACUAUAUCGAAUCCGAGGCGGCACGUCGAAAUAUAACCAAUGUCAGAGUAAUCACUGGGGAUGUUGUGGACUAUGAAUUUGAACCCGAAAGCUUUGACCGAAUCGUAUCCAUUGAGCUUUUUGAGCAUAUGAAAAACUACGAGCUGCUCAUGGCCAAGAUCUCUCGGGCCUUGAGAGCCGGCGGAAAGCUUUUUGUGCAUAUAUUUGCGCAUCACACCACACCGUAUGAUUACGAAGACGGCUGGAUGACGACACAUUUUUUCACAGGCGGCACCAUGCCCUGUGUUGAUCUGCUGCUCUACUUUCAGAGGGACUUGUCCAUCAAAAGGCAGUGGUGGGUGAACGGGUCACAUUACUCAAAGACAUGCGAGGUGCGUUCCAAGUAA